AUGGGGUACUCAGAUCAAGACUGGAAGGCUAUCAACACUAUCCGACUGCUUGCGGUCGAUGCAACCCUCAAGGCGAACAGUGGCCAUCCCGGUGCCCCUAUGGGCCUGGCACCCGCGGCUCACGUCCUGUUCAACAAAUUCAUGACGUUUAACCCCAAGAACCCAGAGUUCAUCAACCGCGACCGAUUCGUCCUUUCCAGGAACAGUGCACCCAAGAGGAAGAGCUUUUGCAAACAUGGCGGAUGUCGAUUGUUCUUCAGAGAACGGCUCACAUCUUCCAAUCUAUGGCUUGACAUCAUGGGUUUAAACACUGCACGCAUCCAUGCUAGGACCGGGGUUAAAUGUUCCAGAAACGGUCAUGGUUGCAUGCUGCACUAUGCUCUCCUCCACCUCUUUGGUUACGGUGUCUCAAUGGACGACUUGAAGCACUUCCGACAAGUCGACAGCAUCUGCCCCGGUCACCCUGAAGCGCAUGACACUCCUGGGAUUGAGGUCACAACGGGCCCUCUCGGUCAAGGUUUCAGCAACGCAGUGGGUUUGGCCAUUGCGCAGGCGCAUACCGCUGCCGUUUUCAACAAGCCAGGAUAUGAGCUCCUCAACAACCACACAUAUACCAUCUUCGGUGAUGGCUGUGCUAUGGAGGGUGUUGCAAGCGAAGCUGCCUCCACGGCUGGACAUCUUCAAUUGGGCAACCUGAUCGCCCUAUAUGAUGACAACCAUAUCUCUAUCGACGGUGAUACCAAAUGUGCCUUUACCGAAGACGUCUCCAAAAGAUUUGAAGCAUAUGGCUGGCAUGUGCAGCAUGUCGAGGACGGCGACCACGACCUCGAAGGUCUCGAGGCUGCCAUUAAGAAGGCAAAGGAAGUCAAGGACAAGCCAUCCAUGAUCAAGGUGACAACUACCAUCGGUUUCGGGUCCAAACUCCAAGGCACUGGUGGUGUGCACGGCAACCCUCUCAAGGCAGAUGAUGCCAAGCAGGUCAAGUCCAAGUUUGGCUUCAACCCAGAAGAGUCCUUCGUCGUGCCAAAUGAGGUUUAUGAAAUGUAUCACAAGCACGCUUCCGAGGGUGCGGCUGCCGAACAAGAAUGGAACGACCUCUUCAAGAAGUACGCCAGCGAGCACAAAGAGCUCGCUGAUGAUUUCAGCCGACGCCUGACCCGCAAGCUUCCUGAGGGAUGGGAGAAGAGCUUGCCUCUCUGGAAGCCAACUGACGCAGCUGAUGCUACUCGAAAGACCUCGGAGAAAGUUCUCCAGGCUAUUCACAACGCCGUCCCUGAGCUCUUGUCCGGCUCUGCCGAUUUGACUGGCAGCAACAACACCCGAUGGAAGGACGCAGUUGACUUUCAACCUCCAUCUCUCGGUAUCGGCGACUGGUCCGGAAGAUACCUCCGAUAUGGUGUGCGAGAGCACGCUAUGGGGGCUAUCAUGAACGGUAUCUCGGCCUACGGCACCCUGAUCCCUGCCGGCGGUACUUUCUUGAACUUCGUCUCAUAUGCGGCUGGUGCCGUCCGCCUGUCCUCGCUCUCUCACCAGCGAGUCAUCUGGGUCGCUACCCACGAUUCCAUCGGUCUAGGUGAAGACGGACCUACGCAUCAGCCGAUUGAGACCCUGGUGCAUUUCCGCGCUCUGCCAAACAUGAUGGUCUGGAGACCUGCCGACGGCAACGAGACAUCUGCAGCUUACUACAUGGCACUGACCUCGCAGUCAACUCCAUCUAUCUUGGCGCUGACCAGACAGAACCUGCCACAAUUGGAGAACUCCACAGUACAGAAUGCCAUCAAGGGUGCAUACGUUGCCAUUGAAAGUGAGAACGCUGAUGUCACCUUGGUAUCCACUGGCUCAGAAGUCUCCAUCUGUAUUGAGGCCAUCAAAGUAUUGAAGGAUCAACACAGCCUUACCGCUCGUGUGGUCUCGAUGCCUUGCACGGAAGUCUUCGAUGCUCAGCCUAAGGAGUAUCAACUCAAGUGCCUCCCAGAUGGCAUCCCAGCAAUGUCAGUUGAGGUCAUGUCCACACUUGGAUGGGAGAAGUACUCACACGAGCAAUUUGGCCUCAACCGGUUCGGUGCUUCUGGCCCGUACAAGGAUGUGUACAAGAAAUUCGAAUUUACUCCAGAGGGCAUUGCCAAGCGUGCAGCCGCCACUGUCGAUUUCUACAAGGGCUUGAAGCCCAGAUCACCAGUCAACCGUGCCUUCCAGCAAUUGAUCUAG